GAAAUCGAUGGACCUUAAAAGAAAACAUGCCAUACAUUAGGUGGAAACUGUCGCGCAACCUGCAAACCCUGAACUAUACACUGGUUUGAAGGUAAUCGAGUUGUUAGAGGGAGAGAAUGGAGGGAGAAGAAGGGAGCCAGCAGCCGCAGCUUGUGCUUGCACACAAGCUUUUCCACCUCACGCACCCGGAAGUAGAGGAUAUCGACAAGGUACGGCUCCGCGAUGAAGUCUUCACCGCAGUCAAAGCGGACGACAUGGCGUCUUUAUACGAGUCUCUCGCCUCUGCUUCCGUGCUCGAGAUGGAUGCGGCCUUACUUGAUUCCAUGCGUAAGAGGAUCGAAGACGAGAUCAAGAAGCUGGACGACAAGAUUGCUGAUGCUGAGGAAAAUCUCGGUGAAAGUGAAGUUCGUGAAGCUCACCUUGCGAAGGUCAUUGUACUUCAUUCGAAUUUCAUUCGAAUAGGCGACAAGGAGAAAGCACUUGAGCAGCUAAAAGUAACAGAAAGCAAAACGGUUGCAGUUGGCCAGAAGAUGGAUUUGGUAUUCUACACUUUGCAGAUUGGUUUUUUCCACAUGGACUUCGAUCUAAUUUCUCGCUCACUUGACAAAGCUAAGAAUUUAUUUGAGGAGGGUGGUGACUGGGAGAGAAAAAAUCGUUUGAAAGUAUAUGAUGGCCUGUACUGUAUGGCCACCAGGAAUUUUAAAAGAGCAGCCAAUUUAUUUUUGGACUCUAUAUCGACAUUUACAACUUAUGAGCUGUUUCCUUAUGACACUUUCAUAUUCUAUACUGUUCUUACAAGCAUUAUAUCACUCGACAGAGUAUCACUCAAAGAAAAGGUUGUGGAUGCACCUGAAAUCCUUACAGUGAUUGGGAAGAUUCCUCAUCUAUCCGACUUUCUGAACUCCCUCCAUGAAUGCCAGUACAAGUCAUUCUUUAUUGCUUUCUCUGGCUUGACUGAGCAGAUAAAGCUAGAUCGCUAUCUCCAGCCUCAUUUUAGGUAUUACAUGAGAGAAGUCCGAACCGUUGUGUAUUCUCAGUUUCUCGAAUCCUAUAAGAGUGUAACAAUGGAAGCAAUGGCAUCAGCAUUUGGGGUUUCUGUAGACUUCAUUGAUCUGGAGUUAUCUCGCUUCAUAGCAGCUGGGAAGCUUCACUGUAAGAUUGACAAGGUUGCGGGAGUCCUGGAGACCAACAGACCAGAUGCCAAGAAUGCUCUUUAUCAGGCAACUAUCAAGCAGGGGGAUUUCUUAUUGAACCGUAUCCAAAAACUUUCUCGUGUGAUAGAUUUGUAAAUCUACAAUUCUUCGCACCCUUUUUUUAUGCUAUUGAUUGAGAUGGAAUAGAACUUGAAUUUUCUUCAAGUUUUUAACUUCUGGGACUAUUUCAGUAUGCCCCUCAGUGACUUCACACAAGUUAUUUUAGUAAUGAAGAUUUGUUUUCUU